AUGAGCAGAUUUUUAUUAAUAUAUUUUUGUCCUUUAAAAAUUAUAUUUUGCACUCAAAAAUCUUAUUAUUCAAAUUUUAAUUACUUUUUACAUUUAUUUCUCUUCUUUAAAGAAAUUAUAGAUAAAUAUAAAGGUGAUAAUGGGGGAGGUCUAUGGGGCCCUAAAUGCCCAGAAAUUAUAAAAAAAAACAUUUUAAAUGAUAAUAGAUUAAAUAAAAAGGAUAUAUGCAUUCAAUCUAUGCUAUAUUUGUCUGCUAUAAGUUCUAUAAAGGAUAUCACAUUAAUAGAAGCCGGAUGUAAAUAUUUUUAUUAUUGGAUAAGUUGCAAUCUUAAGGAAAUAAAUAAUAUUCAGUAUAUACAAAAUAUAUACGAUUCAUAUAUGUACAUAUUUAAAACUUAUACGAUAGGUAAUAUCGAGCAUGUAUGCGCAAGUUAUAAUCAUAAUAUUAUAGAUGAAGAUUUGGAUAUACUUAAAGCUCUACAGCAUAUGCAUCAAAAAAUUAAUUAUGAAGAUUUGAUAUCUGACGACAAUAACGCUACAAAAAAUCAAGAUUUUUAUAAUGCAACAAGUCAAUUCAUAGAAAAAUAUAAUAAUAAAUUAGAAUUAUUAAUGGAUGUAAAUAGUAAAAUUCUAUUACCUCCUGAACCUGUAGUAAUAAAUAAUUGCCGAAGUAAUAUUUUAACUCCUAUUAUAAUUACAGUCGUUGUAACUAUUUUAAUAUCUAUACUCUUAUUUAUUUGUUUUAAGUUUACAAAAAUUGGUUCUCGUUUAAUACCUUCAAUAUUAAAGAAACGUUAUGAAUGGAAUAUGGUAGAUAAUGACAGAAAUAAGAUGCAAUCUUUUGAAGUACCUAGAAAUAUUUUAAGUGAUAAGACAUAUAAUGUACUAUAUAAUUUUGAUUAA